UCAUUGACUUGGCUCACAACUCGACAAGUCAUUGCCACACUUUUGAGUCAGGCUUCUCUCGAUUCAGUUCAUUCAGAGCCUGAGUUGAUUCAAGUCGUACCCAUCUCUAAUUUUAGACAGGCUCUUAACGUUAAAGAUGCUUUGUCAUAUCUCGAUCAGGUGAAGGUGCAAUUCUCAGAGCAGCCGGAUGUGUACAAUAGGUUCCUUGAUAUAAUGAAAGACUUUAAAAGUCAGGCUAUAGACACGCCCGGCGUCAUUGAGCGAGUAUCAUCUCUUUUCAAAGGGCAUCCUGCUUUGAUACAAGGAUUCAAUACAUUUUUACCUCCCGGGUAUCAUAUUGAGUGCUCAACCAAUCCUCACGAUCCUGAUUCCAUCCGUGUUACGACACCUAGCGGGACUACAACAACCUCAAUUGGUCCUAUGGAUCCACACCACGGACCGACACUUUCUACUGUAUCAAAUAUUACGAGUUCAGGAUAUUAUUCAAAUGCUA